AGUUUGAACUCAAAGCUGUCCUGGAUGACCGUAAGUUUGCAAGCCAGUAGAGCCAUUGAUAACAUCAGAUACAGGAGCCAUGCCUUUGCACCAUGUGGGUGGUAUGUUUGUAUUAUUUAGCUCAUUUCUGAUUUUCUUCACUCCACUUGGUGAUGCGGGGAAGAUUUUGGUGUAUCCUCUAGAUGGCAGCCACUGGGUCAAUAUGAAAAUCCUGCUAGAGGAACUUCAUGCCAGGGGACAUGAUAUCAGUGUGAUCAGAGCUGCCACAAGCUGGUACAUUCCGGAAAAAUCCCCCCUCUACACCUCCAUUACCAUUGAAAUGGAUAAAGAUGUGAAGGACUUUUUCAAUGGAUUCAUACAAGAACAAAUGAAGGCUCACCAAAAAGGGUCUUCACUGCUGACUUUUUUAAAUCUCACAAAGAGGUUUUUGUCCUUCAUUGCUCAGGCCCAUACCCUGUGGUGUGAUGCUGCAUCACGAAUCUUUGAAAAUCCAAAGAUGCUAAAAGAUUUGAUAGAUGCGCAGUAUGAUCUGGUUCUUACUGAUCCUGGAAUAGGACCAGGCGUUGUGUUAGCUAAGUAUCUUAAACUGCCAUUAGUCCUCAACGUUCGCUGGAUCACAAGUGGAGAAGGCCACUUUGUGUUGGCUCCUUCACCUCUUUCUUAUGUCCCAGUGAUCCCAGGAUCUGGAUUGACAGACAAAAUGGAUUUUACCCAGAGGAUAAAAAAUAUUUUUUUCUAUAGUCUGAUAUGGUUCCAGGAGAAAUUUAUGGUAGGACCUGCAUAUGACUCCAUGUGUGACAAAUAUAUUGAGGGUGGGUGUGACAUUGUCUCACUGCUUCAAGAUGCAGAUAUUUGGCUCUUCAGGUCAGAUUUUGUCUUUGAAUUCCCUCGGCCAACAAUGCCAAACGUUGUCUACAUUGGAGGGUUCCAGUGCAAGCCUGCACAGCCUCUGCCAGCGGACCUGGAGGAGUUUGUUCAAAGUGCUGGAGAGCAUGGGGUCAUCAUUAUGACUCUGGGAACUUUGGUUAACAAUUUACCAGAAGACGUUGUGGACGAAAUUGCAAAUGUCUUUGCUGAGAUGCCCCAAAAGAUAAUCUGGAGGCACAGAGGGAAGCGUCCUUCUACUCUGGGAAACAACACUCUAAUAGUGGACUGGAUGCCACAGAAGGACCUUCUUGGCCACCCACAAACAAAAGUCUUUGUAGCUCACGGAGGAACAAAUGGAGUCCAGGAAGCCAUUUACUAUGGAGUACCUGUGCUUGGGAUACCGUUGUUCUUUGACCAGUAUGACAACCUUCUACGUUUGCAGGAAAGAGGAGCUGCGAAGAUUAUUCAGCUUUAUGAAGUUAAUGGCCACACUUUUGAAAGAGGUCUUAAGGAAGUGCUCUAUAAAGACAGCUACAGGCAGAAUAUGCAAAGACUGUCCCAUUUACACCAAGAUCAGCCAGUAGCACCCAUGGAUCAAGCUAUUUUCUGGGUAGAGUAUGUGAUGCGCCACAAAGGGGCCCCUCACCUGCGUACACAGGCUUACAAGAUGCCUUGGUACUCAUACCAUUCCUUGGAUGUACUAGUCUUUUUGAUGACUGCUGUAACUGUGCUCCUCUCCCUGCCUUUUGCUGUUUUUAGAUUUCUAUUCUGUAGAACUGGAGGGAACAGAAAGCUUAAACAAAACUGACCUAAAGCAAUAAUGGAAUUGAAUUGAAUUGUCUGUUAAGAAUAAACGUUGUCUUUAUCAACUA